AUGCUGAUCCCAGCCAUCGCCAAGAACAGCACGACUGGCUACAAGAACGUGUCCUACAUCCGCGGCAAAAAGAAGUUCGAGGCGCAGGUGCAGGAUGGCGGCACGCGUCUCCACCUCGGCUACUUCAACACCGCCGAUGAGGCGGCCACCGCUUACGCUCGGUCAGAGUACGGCCGCGCCGACGCCGCCAAGCUGCUGCAGCCCCGCCCCGCUGCCACUCCUGCUGGCGCCGAGGCGAUACGGCAGGUGGAGAGGGAGGGCCUCGCCCUCACCGCCAGUAGCAGCAGCAACACCGGCUACAAAGGCGUCCGCCACUGCCCGAAGCAGCGAGGCAGCAAGAAGUACAAUCUGGAGCUGCCAGUGUACGAGCUCAGCAUUCUGACGCCUGAGCAAAUGGCCGCCAACCCGACAUAUAGUCCAUCGUCCAAUUUGGACUACCUUCUCUGGAACAAGUUAUUUAGGAGCACCCCGGUUUCGGACAUCGGCGAACGAUUGGACGGUGCCUCCAACUGA